CCUGUGAAACGCUCUGUCCUACGCGGUGCCCGCACUGCCGCAUAGACGUGUUUAUCGGCUCGUACCUUUUCUAUUCCUUCGCCUCACCAACAUAUGUUUCAUUCUCCUUCGUUGCAUACUAUCAUGAACCGAAUCAAGCGCUGGUAUCGUAUCCUUAUUCCAGUCGGCAUCUCUUGCUCUGCCUUGAUUUUUCUAGGUGUCCACUUGCGUCUGGUUCCUGACGUACAAUUGUUCCACCUUUCAGAAGCUUCCUUGCAGAUAGACAGCGUUUCUUCCCUGCAGUCACCGGACCCAAUCAAGUCAGAGACAUCGACCUUACCAACAGGUAGUGCGCUCAGUCGCCCGACAACGUGGCAAUACGAUCCACUGGCCGAUGCCGCCCGCUACGGACUCUCCUACGCGCAAUGCAGCUCGGCAUUUUCAGAUCUGUUCAAGGAGAUAGAACGUUCUGUCGCGCACAGAAGGCGGAUCGGAAAUGUGAGGCCAUCAGACAUUGACCUCGGGUGGAAGAGAGCCUCUGUAGUCAAAGCCAUGAUAUAUCACCAAAAGCUUUAUAUUCUCGAAUCGAAAGUCUUUGGCUCAGGGUACGAUAGCACCCGCGCUCUGGCCAUACUGCACCAGAUCGACCGCGCGAUUACAGCGAGUCCCGAACUAUUGCCGGACAUCGAGUUUUCUUUCAGCGUCGAUGAUAUCACCGAUUCAGCGCAUGCCCACCAUACAAUCUGGUCGCUUUCCCGACUUUCGAUUGACGAAGAAACAUGGUUAAUGCCCGAUUUCGGUUACUGGUCCUGGCCACUCGAGCUUGUCGGCACGUAUGAGCAGAUCCGUGUCGAGAUCAAGGAGAAUGAAGCAAGAUGGGAGGAGAAGCUUCCGAAGGUGUUAUGGCGUGGCGCGGUAGGCACGAAUAAGGUUCGAUCUGUGCUGCUAAGAGCUACGCGUGGUAAAGAGUGGGCAGAUGUAGAGCAGGUCAAGUGGAAAAAUCGAACGGACCUCAGCGAUGGCUCUACGGAAACUGCGAUAUCCAUGGCGGGCCACUGUGCAUAUCAGUUCCUGAUCCAUACUGAAGGACGCAGCUACUCCGGCCGAGGAAAAUACCUCUUGAACUGCAACUCAGUCGUCAUCAUGCACAAACGCAAGUGGAUCGAGCCGCACCACGACCUUCUCGUUCCCAGCGGUCCGAAUCAGAACUUCGUAGAAGUCGAGCGCGACUUUUCCGACCUCGAGACAAAAGUUGAGGAGCUGUUGAAGGACCCGCAACGCGCGAGAAGAAUCGCCAGCAACAGCGUGGCCACAUUUCGAGACAAGAAUCUCACGCCUGCGGCGCAGGCAUGUUAUUGGCGGCAACUCAUUCGUUCUUGGGCCACAGUCAGCUUUGAGCCGGACGGCUUCGAGAUCAUCGAGGGAAGGAAGAGGCUCCGUGGGACGCCGUUUGAGACAUUUGCGAUCAAUGCUCUGGGCAUGCCUCAGAACACUUGUUCCUUCUGGAAGAAACUCACCUUCCAAUGUUGAAUAUAUGCAGGAAUUGCGGACAAUGCAGAGCUUUCUCGCACUCGUCACACAGACGAAUCACCCGCCAUAAUGCCUUUGCCUGAGGCUUGCUGCGCCUUGAAUAUCGCCUCCAUAGCCAGUACAGCCUGCAGUAUUUGAACUCUAUCAUACACCUUUAUGGGCUCUUCCAGGUCAGCAAUGGGAAAUUGAAAGCGCAAAAUUUGAGAAAACAUUUACAUCACGAGAGGCUCUCAUUUCUCUACCCACCACGAG